AUGGGUUCCAUGUGUGUGUGUUCGUUUGGCGGGGGACAGACGAGGCCAGGAGACGGUGAUGGGGUGAAUAACAACACGGGUCUCGCGCUCGAUGAUGUUGUCAGCUUCGUGGAUUCCAUUGAGAUCCUGGCCGAUGGGUCUGCCGUCGCCGCGACUAACCACGAUUCUAAUCAGCCGCCGUUUCGCCUCAAGGAACCGGAGCAACCCAAAUGGCCCCUUGCGCAACAUUCCGAGCCGGAGAUCGAGUACCAGCAAAGUCUGGCAGUGAUGAACUCUUUGGCAGAUUUGCAAGAGGACUUUCGUAGACUCAGCAUGAAGCAACAGGAGCUUACCAAUCUUAUGCUGAUGCAGCAGCAGCAACAACAACAACAACAACAACAACAGCAGCAACACCAACAGCAACACCAUCACCACCUGCAUCAACAAGCUGGCGGGAUGCAGCACAUGCAACAACCAGCGAUGCAGCUUCAUCAGUCGCCUUCGCACCACCACCACAUGCAGCAACAGCAGCAGACGACGACGACGACGACCCCGAGACGGACUUGGGGACCUCCGCAGCAGCCGUUGACGCCGCAGCAGCAACAGCAGCAGCACGGGCUGAGUGGAGACGGCUACAUCCCUUCUGUGGUCACUAGUCUCAAUAACCAACCGCCGUCAUCUUCCCCGUCCUGGGGUGGCUACACUGCACCGCAUCCACCUUUGCUGCAGCAAUCUCAGAAUCCUCCGUCCUCUCCAUUUCGGUUACAUCAGUCUCCGUCGCCCGGUUCGCCGUCGCCGACGUGGAAUCGCCGCUCCAAGUCCCCGGCAGCGACACCUUCGUUGGCUGGCAUGUCUUCGCCGGAGCCAACGUCGCUGCAGUCAUCGUCGUCGUCGGCUGUCCCAGUCCCUUCUGCCGACGACAUGGCCCCGCAGAGCGUGUCUUUCAUUGGCUCUUCACCCAGCCCCGGUGUUGGUAGUGGUAGUGGUGUAGGCGGAGGUGGCAUGGGUACCAGUAGCAGCACCAGUUCCACCGGUGGCACUGGGCCGAGAUCAAUUCAGGACGGGUCCAAGACGUACAGGAUCCAUCACCCGGAAGCCCUGGGUCUUCCGUCCCCGCCGACGUCCAUCAACUCCAUCAAGGUGCCGAGGAAGAUUGACUUGCGAGCGGACAAGGAGAACAAGAAGGAGCGCAUUGCCGAGCCGGAGGAGGAGUUGCCGGAAGUGAUAGCAGAGCCGUUGAAGGACGGGAAAGCAGACUUGGGUUUCUACAUUAGCUUCGAUGACGAGAGUCCCAAGAGAGGCAAGCCUCCACACCUGCGAAACGCGGGGGCCCAGUUGCCGACGAAAAAGGAUUCGUCUGUCACGCUGGACCGACUUUUGGCGAGUGUCGACGCUGGUGGUGACCCGGACGACGACCGGAGUGCCACGAUCAAAAGCCGGAAGACGACUAGUCAGGCGCCGUUGUCCAUCAAGAACAUGCGGACAGCCGAGGUUGCGGCGUCGACGGCCAGCCUGGGACGAGUGAAGCCCGCAGUGCCGCCCAAGAGCAAGUUGUUGACGGAGCACAAGCUGCUUUCCCCGCAGUCUUCCUCGGACGUGUCCAGCUCCAACGCGGACAUUGACUCCAACGCCCCUAUCGAAGAGAUGUACGCGCUGGCCCGCAAGUACGAGAAGAUGGCCGACGCGGACUUUGUGCGUCGGUGCGAAGCCGAUGGCGGCUGGACGAGUCCGCGUCCGGCAUCCGAUUCCGGCCGUGGAGGAGGAGGAGGAACAACAACGGGUGUCGCGUCAGGUGGACUCGUCGUCGACGUGGAAGAUGAAAAUAAUGAUCCCGAAACUGCGGAGGAGUUGGAGCGGAAGAAGGAAAGGUUCCUGAUGCAAAGCCUGAAGCGGAAGGACGAGCAGGAGAAGAUGAAACUGAAGCGAGAGGCGGAGUUGCAGGCGAAGCGGGAACUGGAGAACCAGAAGGAGGAGGAGAAGAUGCGGAAGAAGGAAGAGGAGAAGGCCCGACGACAAGCCAUUCUCGACCAGUACCGGCUCAAGAAGGCCAUGGAGAAGGCUGAAGAAGAGGGACGGAAUUUCGAAAUGCCGGAGGGUCUGGGGAAGACGCCAGUGAUGCGGAACCGUGGUGGUCCGGCGAAACCGAGGCCAAAGUCAAUGCACGAGGCGGCGCUGGGGCGGAAGGCGGCGGCAUCUAGUGGAGGCGUGGAAUACACUGUGAGCGGACGCAUUGCCCCGUCGCGAGGCCGUCGACUCGGUUCUUCGCAAGACAUUUCAGAUUCCGGAACGUCGCCGGGACCGCGUAGGGACUCGUUGAGGAAGAGUGCAGGGAAUCUCGCGUCUGCCGUGACGCCGACAGAUGUCGGCGGCGGCGGGACGACGUCGUCAGGAGCUGGCGGCGCUGGAGGAGGAGGAGGAGGGACGACGGGAAUCCGUCGGAGCGACAGCCUGCGUCGGACAUACCGGGUGUCCCGUGGUGGGGCAGGAGAUCCGAGGCGUAGGACCAUAAGCGGGUUAACUAGCCUUGUGUCCCCGAACAGAGGUAUCAUCAUCAUCAUCAUCUGCUCUAUACUGAUGGCACCCGUUUGGUCAAUUAAUUCCCCGACUACCCCGCCUUGA